CAUGUUUUUGAGAAAAUGGAUAUCUGGAACCAAGAAUAGAAGUGUUAUUGUUGGUUGUAGUGUGGAGUUGGUUUGGAAGCUACACAUACAAAAAAACGAUGUUUCCAUUUAUAAGGUUGCAGCGAACGAAAGGGGUAUUAGUGGUGGAAGCAAAAAGUACCAGAUAAAGGGAAGACAAACAGAAAAAAUAAUUCUUACUAUAAAGAACGCAGCAAAAACUGAUGACGGUGUCUACAGGUGUAGAAUAAAUUUCACUGAUGAAUUCGCAGAUCUGCAUCUCUCUGUCAAAGAUUUUCAGUGGGUGGAUAGUUCACCAGCAGAGAAACUUUAUGUUGGAGAUGAUGUAACAAUGACGUGGAAAUAUGUUACUGAUUAUUAUGAUAAAAAUAUUUCAGUUUACAGACGAGUGUCUUCAAUCACACAGACAGAACGUCUUGGUAAAUGGGAACAUGAUAUUCUGAGGUAUACACGAGACGAUCGAAGGCUUGGAUUUUAUAAAACAGCGAUUGAAAAUGGCGAUACAGAAAAAGUAAUGCUGGCGAUACACAAUACAACUGUUGAUGACUUUAAAUAUACAUACAACAUCAAAAUAGAUUUUACUCAAACAUGUACCAAACAUGCACAGUCGAUUAAACUUCUGGAAGCCCCGCGUGUCUACACCUCGACACCAGAAAUCAGAGGCGACCUAAGUGACGAUAUUUAUUUUGUAUGGUACUAUAAAUAUAGCCAUCUACCAACUACAAUUAAUAUUACAAGAUAUAACAUGUCAAAUAAAGAGAUGCAAAAUAUGCGCUAUUGGCAUAAGAACCAAGAUAUUAUAAUGGUGGAUUUCCGGAAGAGACUUUUGUUUUCUAAAACCAUUACCAAUGCGUCACAAAGUAUACAAGGGGAGAUAAAUCUAACAUUACUCAAGACAAUACCAAGUGAUUAUGAUUUAACAUAUGUCUGUUAUUUAGCCUUUGAUGACUACGAACUAGGCUCGGCAAAAGUAUACCUUAAAUUAAAAGAUGAAGAACCGAAAGAAAUUGGUACCUGGACAACGAGUGGAUAUUUCAAAAAUACAGUUAGUGCUACUCCACUGGGUUCUACGGGCCUGCUCAUGAAGAUACUCUUUAUUCUCUUACCUUCCUUAUUCCUCUUCGUGACAGUUCUUCUGUUUGGAUACGUAUAUAUCCGUUAUAGAAGAACGCAGCAUACACGACAUGAACAGUCAACGACCAACAACAGAGCUGAAACAUUGUACGAAGAACCGUACGAAUUUCACAAUAGUGAUAAUACUGCAGAGCAUGUAACACGUCCACGAUCUUCUGAAAAUGAAGAAUUCAGCUUUGAAUCAACAAAUAUUGAUGAUCGAUCAGAAUCUAUUUUAGAACAAACCAACUCUAGCCAGUCGUCAUCAGACACUGAUGCUGAUGGAUAUCUGAAACUUACAAUAAGGAAAAAGGCUGGACAUGUUCGGAAUGAUUCAUUUAAUCAUCCCGUCACAAGUAUUUCUCAAGAUGAAGACCAGACGAUCUAUUUGACACCAGUUCAUCUUUCACCUUUGGAUUAGACAUUGUCGUGUACUUAAGGAUGUAUGAUUAAGACUAGAUACUAGUCUCGAAAAGCGAGUUAAUAUACAUAUUUGUAUCGGGCUAUGCACAAUCCCAAAGUGUUGGGGGUUUUUUUUACAAGAGAAGUGGUACCACUUAAGGCAAACAGUUUGUUCAAAUCAAUGUACAAAUCUACAGAUAAUGCUGAAACAAAAUUGUUUGUUCACUUUUGAUAAAUCUUUAAUUGCAUGAAUUGGGAGACAAAUCAAUGUACAAAUCU